AUGGCCGAAGAGAACCAAAGAAUGGCAAAUCAGAUUGCUAAUUUGAAUAAUACCCGAAUCAAAAAUAACAAUGAUCGGCAAGAACGAACAGAAGAAGCCGAGUAUCAAUCAGGGCCGACGCAUGUCUCCGUAAUAGCUCGGCAGGAAGAAGAGAAACCUGAGCACAAUGAAGAAACUCGGCCAGAAGACGAGGAUGAUAACCUAGAAAACUCCCCUGGGCCAUUCACGGCUAAAGUGAUGAACUUCGUGUUGCCCAGGAGGUUCACUCUGCCAACCAUCCUAACCCCCUAUGAUGAGCUAGGUGAUCCGAAGAAAUACAUCAAAAAGUUCACCUCCAUAAUGAUAGUAAACGGUACAUCUGAUAAAGUUUUAUGUCGUUGUUUUUCAUCUUACUUAGACGGUCCUGCACUUGAUUGGUUUUGUUCUUUGCCUGCAGAUUCUAUUUCUCGUUUUCAAGACCUAUCAACGCCUUUCGAAGAGUAUUUUGCUGGAUCAGCCAUCUAUCUACAUGACUCCGAUUACUUAAGCACAAUCAAACAAGGCCUGUACGAAAGCCUUAGAGACUACAUGAUGUGCUUCACAAAGAUAGCCAUGAGUAUACCUGAUCUCCACCCCGAGGUGGAACUACACGCAAUAAAAAGCGGACUCCGACCAGGGAAAUUGCAGGAGACCAUUGCCGUAGCCAAACCUAAAACCAUGGACGAGUUUCGUGAAAAAGCAAAAGGUCAGAUUGACAUCGAAGAACUCCGACAAGCUCGGAAAACAGAGAGACCACAAUACAGAGACGAUGACAAAGCACGAGAUAGCAAGAAAAACUUCAAACCAACUCCCCGAUAUGAAUCUUAUACUCAGUUCAACACCAAGAGUAACAACAUCAUCAAGGAGAUCUUGAAUUCGAAGUUGAUCAAGCCACCAAGAAAAGCUGGUAGCUAUCCAGAUUCAAAAAGUGCGGACAGAUCAAAAUACUAUUCUUUUCAUCAAAAGCACAUACACACUACUGAUGAGUGUGUCAUCGCCAAAGACUUUCUGGAGCGGUUAGCUCGGCAAGGUCAUCUCGACAAGUAUAUCGGCGGCCACAUACAACGACGCACACCUCUCCUUGGUGACCAAAGCUCCGCAACACAGCAUGGCCGAGAUAAAGACCGACUGAACACUGUCAGAGUUAAACUCAAAGAUCGCAAAAUGAGAGAUGUUGCUCUCGAAGUUGGUCUUGGUGCCAAGGGUAACAAAUCAACAUGGAUUGUCUUGUCUCAUUUGUGUUUCAUUAUAUGGAUUAUUUGUAAAAGGAUGGAGAUGGUCUAG